AUGUCGACGGAUCAAGGACCACUUUUCUCUACAAACGAUACGUUACGAAUGUUGGCUGAAUCGGCUGCUCCUUCAGAAACUCGAAGCGACAAUGAAAAUGCAGCAAACGCCCAUCUUGACGACGAUGAAGUAAUUCUCGAUAUGAGCGACCGGGAAAAAGCAAACGAGAUGCUUAUGGCAAAAGAAUUGAAGAAUCUGCAAUUUGAAAAUCCGGGUACAAAUCAAGUUCUUGCUGAGUAUGGCUCUAUUGGCACCUCAAGAAGAAAACGAGCAGUAAGACAGAAAAACGAGCAAAGAACGGAACGCAAAGAUCCAUACCACGAUGAGAAAGGAAAAUUGGUUGUCAACGGAGAACGUUUCACAUUAUGUGACUGUUUGCGAGCUGCCUGUUCGGGUUGUCAUUGGCCUUGUCCAAGAUGUGGGUCGAGACGUUGCGGCCCCGUUUGUCAAGUCAACAGGACAUUUGCUUAUCAAGAAAUUAGCGAUCCGUAUGCAAAUGUACAUCACGAGAAUCCAUUUAUCAACGAUCAU